UCAGUAAACGGAAAAAAUCUUGAGAAGUGUGCACGUGGUAGUGGUCCACCUCAGGCCCCGCUCAACUUCUGUAUGUUUAGUUGAUAAAUUCCUGUCUUUAUGGUUCACAUAUCAAUCUUCUCAUGCAUAACGUGAGUUUGUUCAACCUCCAAAGGACAUUAAAGUUAGUCUAAUGUGGAUGAAAAUAAUCCGCCUUCCUCCGCCAUGUUAAAACCGAGGAGAAACUGGAAACUAUGUCAGCAGUCGUUUGAGGCUAGGGUAUCUCAUCUAUGUAUGAUUCAAUUUGGCUUCCACAAAUUAUUAAAUCCAACAUGGCAGCCACAUUCACGAAGUAAAAUCUUUACACGUUCUUUCCCUCUACACCGCGAAUGAGAGUACUAUCUAGACUGAACAGGAUUCAACGUCAAAGGAGAUGUAAACUUAUGGCUGUCUCACUGAGUACUAGUGCUAAAGCAUCCGCUAAAGUUUUUCUUCAAAUACUUGGAACAGAAACUCGGGACACAACUCCAUCGUUGUUUCUUUUUGCUGAUUCCCAGAGAUAUCUUUUCAACUGUGGAGAGGGGACUCAGAGACUAUUUAACCAACACAAACUUAGACUCACAAGAGUAAAUAACAUUUUCUUCACAAGAAUAUGUUGGGAAUACAUUGGAGGAUUGCCAGGACUGGCAAUGACACUGAGGGACAAUGGAAAAUCAGAUGUUGGCCUGCUUGGAGCCAGCAACUUACCUCAAUUUAUCCAUGCCACAAGGUUCUUUCUUUUCCAUGAAAGGUUGAAGUUUGAUUGCACUGGAUUCACAGGAAGAGAAGGAGAGAAAUAUGAGGAUGAGAAUUUGACAAUAUGGCCAGCUCUUUUAAAUGAAAGCCAUGCAGACGAGAGGGUGAAAUCAACAGAUGACUCCACCACCACCUCCUCAAGUGAUGAGAGUGAACAGCCAUCAAUCAAGAAAUGGAAGCAAGACUCUAAGUCAUCUUCAUCUAUUUGCUACAUCUGUCAACUUUCUUCUCUACCAGGGAGGUUUUUCCCCCAGAAAGCUAAAGAGCUAGGUGUCCCUAAAGGACCUUUGUUUGCUGAUUUACAAUUAGGGAAAGCUGUUACAUUAGAAGAUGGACGGCAGAUAACACCUGAGCAGGUAACAGGACCUUGUCAGCCUGGUCCAGUUUUCAUAAUCAUCGAUUGUCCAACACUGGCAUUCAUUCCGUCACUUGUGUCUAAUAAGCGGCUACGCCAGCACUGGGAAGGCCAGUACUGGGAGGAGGGGCCAAAUAGAACACCUGUGGUUAUGGUGCAUCUGACCCCCAUGAGAGUGUUUCAGAGUAAAGAGUAUGACGAGUGGAGGAAAAGGUUUGGAAAAAAUGUGUCUCAUGUGUUAAUAAACAAAGAUGUGUGUGCCACACCUGUGGUGUUUCACUCACAAGCAGCUGUUCAGUGUAAACUGCAUUCCAUUGAACCAGAGAUUUUCCCCUUGCUGGAAGCAACUGAUAUUCCUGAAGUUGCCAAAGAUGAAUUACCAAAGAACUGCUUUCCUGGAGAAAACUUACUCAAGUUUCAUCUGCGACCAGUCAAACAGCAAGGAUUUGAUAGGUCUGAAACUCUGCAGAAGGUAGAUUUUGACUCACUUGUUGAAGAAACUCAAACCAUGUUGGCCACUAAAUUAAAGAAAUCAGUUGCAACAGACCUUGUGGAAAAAGGUCAUGAUAGAAGAGAAUUUGCAUCAUCAGCCGCCUCAGUCAGAUCACUGUCGACUAGCAGCGCUGCUGGAUCAACUGACUUAAUCAGAAGCCCAAAAAGAAAUUUAUUCAGUAAAUUUCAAAAUCCAGUCAAAGAAAUCUUAGAUGCAGUUGGAGUACCUAUCCUAACUUUUGAAGAAACUGGUUAUUCUCUGAAAGAAAUAAUUCGAGUGAAAAGUCGUCAAGUCACAAAUAAGGACUAUGAGGUUGUUUUUCUUGGAACCGGAGCAUCAAUUCCAUCAAAGUACAGGAAUGUUAGCUCAACUUUAAUUAACAUGAGUGAGGAAGGUUCAAUACUCUUAGACUGUGGUGAAGGAACAUAUGGUCAGCUCUUUCGGCAUUAUGGCAGAUAUGUGGACCGUGUGCUGUUACGUCUUAAAUGUGUGUUUAUAUCACACAUACAUGCAGAUCAUCAUUUGGGUCUCAUUCGUAUUCUGCUGAAAAGAGUCACCAUGGAGAAUGCCGAGAGUGAGAUUCCUGGUGACCCUCUGUUAAUCAUUGGUCCUGACAAGAUAGGGAAAUGGCUGCAGGAGUACGACAGCUGGUGUGAGGACAUAGAUUACCGGUUUGUGGACAGUAAGGAGUUAAACGUGCACAGAGAUGAAGAUUACUUCAAUGUAAAUAACCACCUAGAUGCAAAAGAGGUUUUAACAGUUCCUGUAGAUCACUGCCCUGAGGCCUAUGGCUUGGUACUGAAACACCAGCGAGGCUGGAAGAUUGUAUACUCUGGUGAUACACGCCCAUGCGCAGCACUGAUUGAGGCUGGAAAAGAUGCUGACCUUCUUAUUCAUGAAGCCACUCUUGAGGAUGAAUUGAAAGCUGAAGCUGUUGCAAAAAAGCACAGUACAACUACAGAGGCAAUUGAGAGUGGUGUGAAAAUGGAUGCAAAGUUUAUUAUGUUAAAUCAUUUCAGUCAACGCUAUCCCAAAAUUCCUGUGUUCAGUGAGCAGUUUACUAAGUACACAGGGAUUGCCUUUGAUCACAUGAAGAUUCAUUCAAGUAAUUUUUCAAAGGUUCCUCAACUUCUGGGGCCGCUGAAGACUGUCUUUGCAGAGGAGCUUGAAGAAAUGAGCAAACCCAAGUGACACUGCUUUAUGAAUCAACACAUCUUGAGUACUGACAUUUGACAAACAUGACAUCUCAUUUUUUAUUGCUACUAAUUAUUGUUUAUAAAUUAUUAUUUAUAUUACUACUCCAAUGAAAAAUAAAGUUGUGUUGCACUGCUUCUUAUCACAAUCAAAAUAUUUUUAUUUAACCUACAAAAUGACAUAUCAACAUGACAAGCAAACUAUAGCUUUGUUUUUUAUCCUUACAAUAUACAUCACAAAAUUAAUGGUUUCAAUCGUCUCACAAAACAAGCCCAAGUUGGUUUAAUUACUGGCAAGUGACUUUUUACAUUUUGAAUAAAAACUAACAUACAAAAAAAUUACAAUGAAAAUAAAAAUCUAUGGUAAUUGUCUAUACAUCUGUACAUCAUCCUGGUGCAAUACUACUCUGACUUGCAGAAGAGUUUUGCAGAGACCAGCUCACAGGACAAAACAUAAAAAGAAACAAAGUUGCUAAAAAUAGUAAUCUGAACUGCAUGUAAGUGUUGAGACUAACUCAACAUGGUUGGAAAAAAAGUUUACCAUGUUUAAAAAAGUUGCUGAUGCCUUUUUUUAAAUAAAAUAUGUUUUCAAAAAUACAUCUAUCUAUCUGUUAAGAAUACCUUUACUUAAGUACAUGCAUUCGUGUCGGCUUUCUUGUGAGUAAGAUGACAUUCUAUGAUACAAAGUAUGGUAGAGCAGACAACAAUAACCUGAUUGCCUCUGUAACUUGGACACAAAUUGCUACCAGAGGAAAAAAUAAAUAAACAUUUACACUGAUAAA